GUAUCCGUGAGGUCGUGAAAUCAAAAUCAAUUUCUUUUUCGAAUUCAGAAGCAGAGCUGAAGCACAAAUAUUCCCAGGUCUUCAUAUUAACUAUAUGAUUCCGUGGUCCAGGUCUUGAAGUCCUGCUACGAGCUCGAGCCAGAAACACAGAAGGAGCCUGAAAUGACAGGUGCAGCUUUUUUAGUGUUUUCAGUCUGCUGGACUCUCCAGCUCCCCCUGCUGGUUCAGACUACUCCUAUUUCUCAGGCCCUUUACCCCACAGACUGUUCUGAUGUUUACGCUAACGGACAAACUCUUAGUGGUGUGUACACGAUCUUCCCAACAGCAGACACACCUGUCCAGGUCUACUGUGACAUGGGAUGCUGGGGAAGCAAAGAAGAGGAUGGAAAGUGGACGGUGUUUCAGAGGAGAAUGGAUGGCAGUGUGAACUUCUACAGACCAUGGGAACACUACAAGAAAGGGUUUGGAGACAAGUAUGGAGAAUACUGGCUGGGAUUGGAGAAUCUCUACCAGCUCACACGGAACAGUAAAUACGAGCUGAAAGUGGACCUGCAGGACUUUGAUGGAGUUUCAGUUUUUGCACAGUAUUCGUAUUUCUCUGUGGAAUCUGAAGCUGAAGGCUACAAACUCCACGUUAGUGGCUUCUACAACGGAGGUGCAGGUGAUUCUCUGGAGUUAAGCAACGGACAGAAAUUCUCCACCUUUGAUAAAGACCAGGACUCUAAUGAGGAGGGGAACUGUGCUAAAUCCUACCUCGGGGCUUUUUGGUACAACAAGUGCCAUCAUGCUAAUCCUAACGGGAUUUACCUGUGGGGACGGGAUGGCACUUUGUUUGCCAUUGGAAAUGUGUGGUACCAUUGGAAAGGCUAUGAUUAUGGUCUCAAGUCCAUCACGAUGAAGAUCAGACCUGUCGCUUAGACUCUGAUGGGACUCAGUGAUGGGUUUGAUAUGAUGCUGUUUUCACUUGAUUUCGUAGCGUCAAUGUAUUUUUACUACAUGAUUUUUCACGAUGAUAUAAAUCUGUAUAUUUUUCUUUA